AUUCCGAUAACAACGGCGUGCGCUUGUAUCAGUACAAGUGCAUUCAACGAUUGCGGUGGCAAAGUACACACUCGGUGAUACAGAACAGUGUUCGCCACGUACCCGUUCCCUGCCGGCUGGAAACUCGAGAAAGACCUCGUUUUCAACAGUGAAAUGUCUUCUAUUUGCUACCUUCAUGGACACUUUGAAGCCCUGGAGUGGCGUCCCUUGCAAUUUGUGAAUCUGCCAUCCACGAUAUCGUGCGACUUGUGCGCCGCCGUUCCUCAAAAUAUCUUCAGGCUGGAAUGUUUUCAUUCGCUCUGUGAGUACUGUUAUCUCGCCGUUCUUCGAACCAACCGACAGUGUCCGGUCGACCAGCAAGGAUUUCAAGAAAAUGAAGUGCAUAGCAUUCCAAUCAGAACGACGCACCUGCAGAAACUGGAUGUUCGCUGUUGCAACUUCAACCGUGGAUGUGAUUUCGUCGGAUCGCUGGAACGAAUGAAAUCUCACUUUCUUAUGGACUGCGAGUUUCAUUCAUUAGCAUGUAAGAAGUGUUGCGCAACCGUGCUCCGCAAAGACAUCAUCACCCAUUACAUGGAAGAAGGGUGCGGGGCUGAAAUUACUUUGUGUCUGAGCGAAGUUGUUUCAAUCGACAGGAGCCUCAUCGGUAUUGGAAGUCAGAUAAAUGCCUCACUAUCAGAUAUAGCAGAUAAGCUACGCGCCAUUGAAAACCAGGUAAAUAGCCAUGCUGUAGGGAUCGACGCUACGAAAGAGUACGUUAUGAAUUACGCUGAAGUACUGGGUACUCUGCAAGAGGCACAAAGCGCUUUCACAGUGACGAUGUCUAACGUUAUCCGCACAGUUACGAAUACAUUUUCUUCGAUCGAAGAUCAACUUGGUAACCAAGUUGCAGGUGCCGACGACCUGAAGAAUCGCGUUAUUGCCACCGGUGAGACGCUAAGUACGCUUGUGGGAUUGCAAAAAGACGUAGCUCAGAAUGCAGUUACCUCGAAUGACGGCUGGAAACAGUGUUCCGAGAAACUUGAAGCUAUGUCCAAACGCAUACAAGAUCUUUCGUCGUCAACUGAGGACAAACUGAGAUGCAUAAGAGAUGCCUUCCAGGCUCCACGGGAUUCGAUUGGAUAUCGAACCAACGUUGCUUUUUUUCACAUGGAAGGCGUCGACGAGAUUAAGGAGAGAGCAACUGAGAAGAGGGUUGCAGAGACCUACUCUGAUGUUUUUGCGUUGUGUGGCUAUUCCAUGAAGUUACAGGUGCAGUUCCGAGAACAUGAUGGUAUCAUAUACAUAGGUGUCUUCCUGUGUAUUUGUCGUGGUCCCAAAGACUCUCUCUUGAAAUGGCCCUUCUUGUCGCCUUAUAAGCUCAUCUUGGUUCAUCCAACUGACGAGAAAAAUAACAUAGAGCAUACUGUUGAUGCUUCGGGUACGUUUGACAAAUUCCCUAAUUGUUUCAAUAGGCCAAUCGAAAGUUCAAAUAAGGGCUACGGCUGGAGUACGUUGUGCAAAUUCGAAGAUGCACUGAAUGGUGGCUUUGUUCACAAGAACUCAAUUAUUGUUGGAGUUACCCUUGUCCAAAGUCGUGAGUAGUAUGAAAUUCAACCUAUGCCCCCAACGCACCGACCUCCAUGGCUAUUAAUCACCGUAAACUAUACGAUCGCUACAGAAACUUGACAACCAGGUGUAGGUAUGUUUAUUAAACGCAGAAUGUCCACGCUA